AUGACCACGAAACCAGACAUCAAGGGGAACGGCUCCUCCUCCUCCUCGCCCUCAUCCCCCCCAUUUAUCCGCAUCCGCCUCCUAGCAAUAGACCACAUCCUCACCACUCCCACCACUCAGGACCGCCCCACGUGUCCCUUUCUCCCCUCCGGCCAACUCCUCUCCAAAGUGCCCCUCCUCCGCAUCUUCGGCUCUACCCCCUUGGGACAACGUGUAUGCCUUCAUCUCCACGGAGUUUUCCCUUACUGCUACGUCCCUUACGAGGGGAGCUUAGAGCCCGAAAAGGUACUGAGCUACGUACAACGAUUGGGCGGGGAGCUGAAUGCAGCUAUCAGUGCCUCCUUGCGCAAUUCCCGUCACGAUGACAGCUCGCACAUCGUCGCCAUCCACUUGGUGAAAGGGGUGCCAUUCUACGGCUUUCAUGUAGGAUGGCGCUAUUUCCUCAAGAUAUCCUUUGUGGACCCUAGCCAUAACUUCCGAUUGGCGACCAUCCUCCAAUCAGGGAGAGUGAUGCGAACCGUAUUCCAACCGCAUGAGAUCCAUAUCCGUUACCAGCUGCAAUGGAUGUUGGACUACAAUGUCUUUGGGUGCGGGUACGUCGAUUUGGAGGUGGCGAGUUUUCGCUCCCCGCUGCCGGAGCCGCGAGAGGGGGGAUAUCACCACGACGAAGACGAGGAGAGCAGGGAGCGCUGGGACUCUCGUUCCGUCCCUCCGCACCUGAUCCAGCAACACGCCCCUCGCACCUCCUUCUGUGAACUCGAGCUAGACGCAGAAGCCCGACACGUACUGAAUCGUCGUUCACUACGCGCGAGGAGCUUGCACCACGACUUCGAUCUCGAGGAGCAGUUGCAUGGCGGCAACGGCGGCGUAAACGAGAAGCUCGUGCCUAGCUUGACGGGCUUGUGGGAAGAGGAGAAACAGAGACGCAUCAAGGCCGGUCAGAGCGGUACGCCUCCCGCUCCUACUUCCAAGGAGGGGGGAAAGAGAGCCUACGCUAGAGGGGAAGGACCAGAAUGGAUGGCACAACAUCGAUACGCUCAGCUGCUCGAGGCUAGGAUGGCACUCGAUGCACAGGGGAUGAAGAAGAAGGCGAGCGAUCUCACUCGCCCUCACCCGCUUGACGCGCACAUCUCUACCACGUUUGAGAGUGUGGAGAUUUUCCACUAUUCGGCUGAGGAGCUUGCAAUGGGGGGCGGACAACGAGUCGAGGGAACGCAGCUGUCUAGUACGUUGUAUAAUUUGGAGCAUUCCGGGAGUCAGAGCCAAGGACAGGGGCGAAGAGGGGCGAGGGAGAGCGGCAAGGGGGACAAGGAGGACGAGGACGAGCAGGAAUGGCUCGACGCAGAAUGGUUUGGCACUCAGGCCUUUCGUGAAGAUCUGGCCGAAUUGGAGCGUCAGCACGAGGAGAGCGACGAGGGGGAGGACGUCGACGGCGACAUCGCGCACGACGAGACUGCUGAGCGUAAGAUGGAGGGAGCUUCGCCCGCGAUGCAGGACAAGACGGCUCAGCCUGGCACGCCGAGCAGGAAGAGGGAUCAGGAGGCUGGUUCCGACGACCUGCUCAGUCAGGAGGGCUCAACGUCGUCGCUCCACCCUACGUCGCAGCAAAAUGGCCACCCAGAAGUAGGCGUAGGCACAGCAUCAGGUCAAGCAACUCGAUCGCAAUCGCACUUUUCGCCCGAAUGGUUCACCGCCCAUCUGCGAGCACAGACGCGCUGGCGUGAGUCGGCCCACUCGCAGGUCCUCAGCCAGCGGCAAGCAACGCAGGGCGCAGCAAAGCAGGGCAACGAUUCCUUAAGCCAAACAACCCCACCCUUCUCCACUGUCCCUGCCCUCACACAGCUUGCCCGCUCAUCAGGCACAAGCACAAGUGCGACGCACGCUUCCGCAUCUUCCUCGUCCUCCGCCUUUCAGCCCGCCCUUCCUAGCUUCCAAGGCCGCGAGCCAAAUACCUACCUGUACGCGAUACCCGCCCCAACCAAGCUAGAGGUAACCGCUUCCAUGCAGCUCUUCGGCCUGUCCCCCGUCGAAUAUCAGGAUCCCUACUAUUCGGACCCGCGGGACGUUCCCACGCACGCGAGGGAGUAUGCGGGGAGAAGCUGGCGAUUUGGGAGUAAGACGAUUAGGUGGUUGCCGGACUGGCCGGGCAGCGAGGCAGUGCCAGCAUGUGAGAUGAGGCCGCAACAAAGAGCUAGAACGGAGGAGGGACCCACCUUCUCGACCUGGGUGUACGGCCCGCCACCACCCACCCGACUAGCCAUUGUAACGUGGGAUCGACAGCAGCGCCGCAAGCGCAAGCGCAUUGCCCGCUAUCGUCGCCGAAUUGCCUCGCAGUCCAACCUCGCGCCUACACAGGCCUCCUCCUUUGGCUUCAAGAUCAGCCAACGAGUCGGAAGCAAGGCACAGCCUCGCACGCAUACGGUCGCCAAGGAGAAUCAACACAUGACCUUGCUCAGUAUCGAGGUGCAUGUCAAUACGCGCGGAUCUCUCCUUCCCGACCCGAAGAAGGAUCGAGUGGAAGCGAUCGCCUACUCGUUCCAGAACGAGGACGAGCAGAGCAUCGACCCUUCAGCCGCAGCUUCCGCCUCGCCCUCCCUACCGGGGUUGCGCACCGGCCUCAUCCUGCUCGAUGAUACGGACGAGCCGCUGAGGGCAGAUCGGCUCGGCCUCACGCACCUUCCGUGCACGGUAGUCGACACGGAGCUGGACCUCUUCAACGCCCUAGUGGACGUCGUACGCCAGCUAGACCCGGAGAUCCUCGCCGGCUGGGAGAUUCACAACGCCUCGUGGGGCUACGUCAUCGAUCGCGCGCGGCACGAGUUGGGCUACGAUCUUGUUCCGGAGCUCAGCCGCGUCAAUAGCCUCUCGACGGGCAUGGCUGGGGGUAAGGCAGACAAUUGGGGAUGGACACAGACGUCCGCCCUCAAGGUCACUGGGAGGCAUAUCCUCAAUGUGUGGAGGUUGAUGCGCGGUGAGCUCAACCUCAACGUCUACACGUACGAGAAUGUCGUUUUCCACCUACUGCGCUCCCGUGUUCCGCGUUUUCCUCACUCAACCCUCACAACAUGGUACACUUCACGUCGCCCACAUCAAGUCUCCCGAGCCUUGCGUUACCACCUCUCCCGGUCCAGCACCACCCUGCACAUCCUUCACGCCUCUGAACUCAUAUUUCGCACAGCAGAAUUCGCCCGUAUAUACGGAAUCGACUUUUUCUCCGUCCUCUCUCGCGGAUCUCAGUUCAAGGUGGAAUCAGUCAUGUUCCGCAUCGCGAAACCGGAGUCUUUCCUUCUUCCCUCGCCCAGUACUAAGCAGGUGGCGGAACAGAAUGCGGCAGAGUGCCUGCCACUUAUUAUGGAGCCGCAGAGCGCUUUUUACAAGGGGCCGCUGCUGGUGUUGGACUUCCAGAGCUUGUAUCCGAGCGUGAUGGUUGCGUACAAUAUCUGUUAUUCGACGUGUCUGGGACGGGUGGCAAGAUUUGAUGGGAGGGAGAAGUUUGGCAUCACGGAGCUCAACCUGCCCAAAGGCCUCCUCACCCUGCUCAAGGACGACAUCAACAUCUCGGCCAACGGGCUCAUCUACGUCAAGCCACACGUAAGGCGCAGUCUCCUCGCCAAGAUGCUCACCGAGAUCCUCGACACGCGUGUAAUGGUCAAAUCUUCCAUGAAAGGCCGUAAGAGCGACAAGCCCUUCAUUCGCCUGCAGAAUGCGCGUCAGCUCUCCUUGAAAUUGCUAGCAAACGUCACCUACGGCUACACCUCUGCGACCUUUUCCGGCCGCAUGCCCUGCGUGGAGAUUGCAGACUCCAUUGUGCAGUAUGGACGCGAGACCCUCGAGAAGGCCAUAGCCCUCAUCCACGCGACGGAGAAGUGGGGGGCACAGGUGGUGUACGGGGACACGGAUUCGCUCUUCAUCUACCUGCCGGGGAAGAGCAAAGAGGACGCAUUUCGCAUCGGUAACGAGAUUGCGGAUGGGGUGACGGCGCAGAACCCUGAACCGAUCAAGCUCAAGUUCGAGAAGGUAUACCUACCCUCCGUCUUGUUGGCCAAGAAGCGUUACGUUGGGUUCAAGUACGAGAGUCUGGAGGAGGUCACGCCUGAAUUCAAUGCAAAGGGCAUCGAGACUGUUAGAAGGGACGGGUUUCCGGCUCUGCAGAGGAUGUUGGAGGCGUGUAUUCGCAUCCUGUUCACAAGCGCGGAUCUCAGCCUGGUGAAGCGAUAUUGUCAGAGGCAGUGGGCAAGCAUCUUGCGCGGGGACGUCUCACUUCAGCAAUUCGUCAUCGCAAAAGAAGUCCGUCUUGGCGGAUACAGCACCAACGGCGUUCCCCCUCCAGGCGCAGCCGUCUCCACCCGCCGGAUGCUCCUCGACGCCCGCUCCGAGCCGCAGCACGCGGAGCGUGUCCCCUACCUCAUCACUCAGGGCGAGCCGCGCGCAAAGCUCAACGAUCUUGCCGUAGAGCCCCACGUCAUGCUCGCCAAUCCGGCACUACAGCUCGGUGCUGGUUACUACAUUACAAGGGGGAUCAUCCCGCCGUUGACGAGAGUUUUCAAUCUACUCGGAUCGGACGUCGAGAGCUGGUGGAGGGAGAUGCCUAAGCCGUUGAGCGCGGCGAGUGAUGCGCUGACCGCGGCGGGCAACACGACAACAUCAUCAUCAUCUCCAUCUGCUGCGGCUUCACGCCUUACGCUCACGGACCACUAUCGUCCCUCCAUCUGCCUUUCGUGCUCGCGACGCACCACCCUCCCCCUCUGUCUGGACUGCCAAGCUUCACCGCCCUCCACGCUUCUGCGCGUCCACUCGGCCCACGCCGAGUCACAGCGAAGACUUGAAGCGGUCGAGUCGGUGUGCAGGCAUUGUAGUCGGAUGACGGCGGGCGGAUUGGGCGCCGGUGUGAGCCCUUGUGUGAGUACGGAUUGCCCCAUUCAGUGGGAGAGGGAGGGGGCGAGAAGGCGAGAGAAGAGGGAGAGUGAACGAUGUAGGCGGAUAGAGGUUGCGCUUGAUGAGCGGGAGGGCACGCUGUAA